AUGGCUAGUUAUGAUAAAACAAUUAUAUUUCGUGAUCGAAUUGAUGCUGGUCGUCGAUUAGCCACUCAUAGUGAAUUACAAAAAAUCAAAUCAUUAUCACCGGGUGAAAAGCGUUCAUUUCUUGUUAUCAGUUUACCACGUGGUGGUACAGUUGUCGGCGAUGAAGUUGCUAAACUAUUGGGAAUUAGUCAUGAUUUAGUAUUUCCAAGAAAAAUUCCAUGUCCAGGAUAUUCGGAAAUUGCUAUUGGUGCUGUAUCCGAAUUUGGUGAUGUUUUUUGGAAUGAUGAUGCCAAAAAAUAUGGUCUUAUUAAUCACCCACGUGUACAACAGAGUAAAAACAAACAAAUUGUUGAAGCUCAACGACGCAAACAAGUUUAUCGUGGGAACCGUCAACCAAUGAAUGACUUAAGUGGAAAAACGGUCAUUUUGGUCGAUGAUGGAUUAGCUACAGGUAUUGUUUUAAAUAUACGAGAAACGAUGUAG